AUGUUUCCAUGCAUCCUCUUACUUUUAAUAAAUUCCCUCUCUGUCUACGCCGAAACUCUCCACUACGGCACCACGCCUAAUGGCUUCCACGCACCGGCAAGAGGAUGGAACUCGUUUGCGCUCCAAUCGCUCUCCUCCGGCCACAAAUUCACACUCAACCAAGAAAAUGUGAUCAAACAGUGCGAUGCAAUGCGGGAAGAGCUAGGCUCCUACGGGUACGAGUAUUGCUCACUCGACUCGGGUUGGUCCCUUGCCACCUCUGGAGACGAGUUCGGGCGUAUAACCUACGAUCCGUCUCUGUUCGACCUGCCCGAACUGGCCGACCAUCUGCACGACAAAGGCGCGAAGUUGGGUGUAUACAUCCUCCCGGGUUUCUUCAGCGCCGAUGCCGACAAGAAGAUUGAAGGCACCGACAUCUCCCUCUCGUCAAUCCAAACCGACGAGCAGAACCCGUGCCGGGCCAUGUCUCGCUGCAACAUCAACUACAACAAGACGGGCGCUCAGGAGUGGUGCGACUCCAACGUAAAACAGUUUGCUGAAUGGGGCGUCGACCUUAUCAAGCUGGACUACGUCACCCCCGGCUCACCCGAUGCCGACGCGGACCUCUCGACCGACAACAGCGGCAGCGUAGCCUGCUACCACAAAGCGAUCGAGAAUUCGGGCCGGAAAAUGCGGCUGCACAUCAGCUGGAACCUGGACCGGAACACGACCUACUACGACAUCUGGAAGUCAAACGCCGACGCCAUGCGCACCGACCGCGACAUUAACAACAGCAACAAGUCCACCCUCACGCAAUGGAGCAACGUCCAACACGCCAUCGAGCAGUACCGGCAAUACAUCCUCCUCCAACUCGACAGCGCCGCCGAACUGACCAUCUACCCGGACCUGGACGCUUUGCUAAUCGGCAACGCCGCCAACACAACCGGCCUCACCGACCUCCAACGCCAAGCCGUCUUCACGCACUGGAUCGGCGCGGGCGCCCCCCUCUUGCUCGGCUCCGACCUCACCGCGCUCGACGCCUACGGCAAAGCCCUCCUCUCCAACCCGCUCGCCAACGAUGUCGCGCGCUUCACCGCGGGGCGCCCCAUGGUGCCGACCGAAGGCAACAGCGACGGCGCCAAGGGGCGGCAGCGGCAAGUGUGGCUGGCCGGGCCCGACGAGACGACGGGCGUCGUCGUCGCGGUACUGGCGAACUACGGGGCGAACGGGAACAACGACUUGUUCGGCUCGAAGCCGGAUGAUUCCGACCAGGUUUUCACCAUCUCGCCCAAGGACCUCGGGCUGGCGUCGUCGGGCUACUACGUCGUCGAGGACGUGUGGGCCAACACGACGGUUGAUCUCGGGUAUGGCGAUUCGUGGACGUGGACGCUGGAUAAAGGCGGCGCCGCGGCGCUGCUGCGGCUGACGCCGUCGAUGACGGGGGAUGGCGAGAAUGGGACGGAUAGUACGACAGGGACGGGUACAGCGACGGCGGCGGGCCAACAGCAGCAAGGCAAGCGUGCCCUGGUGGAGUUGCCGCAGAAGGCGUUUGUGCAGUAUAAUGAUGGACUGACGUCGAGUGUAGCUCCGGAGGCGACGGAUGCGGCGUCGGAUGCUGCAGGAAUGGCGGGGCCGACUUGGAGUAAGCUUUUGACGCUGUGUUUGGGCGUGGCCGGAUUGCAGACGGCGGUGUUGUGGCUGCUGUAG